GUUGAACGCGUCAUAGUCAACCUAGUGGGCGUAUAUAGCGUGUCAAAAGCGAGCAGCACACAUAACUUGGGGAGAUGGCUACCUCCACUCUGCCGACAACGUCAGUGAUUGGUUAUAACACCACCGCCAACAGUACCUGGGCAGAGUACCAUGGCAACCGCACUCGUCAGUCGUAUAAGAGGGACCCGAACGAAAUCCAGGAAUUACAGGCGCGGUUCCUUCCGACCAUUCUGGUGUCUGUCCCCGCUAACCUAAUCCUUAUCGUCAUUAUCUUAUGUAACAGAAGCUUGAGAACUCAGACAUUCUUCCUAGGAGUCCUCAGUCUGACUGUGUUCGACUUUUGUUACUCUGCGUUUGUUCUACCAAUAAACAUGGACCAUUUUAUCACCUGGGGAAGAUGGCGUCACGGGGAUAUUGUCUGCUUUAUCUAUAUAGUACUAAUAAACAGCAAGGUAUGGAUGUCUGCUUUGAUGAUCAUCGUGUUGUCUGUUGAACGUCUGUUGACCAAGCUACGAUCGGUUGCCGUGAUCGGAGAGAAAAUGAGGACGAACGUAUCUAGAGUGUUGAUAGCCAUUCCUUGGUGUAUGUUCCUACUGGGUAGUAUGCUUAUCACUUGGAUCAAAUAUGAUGAAAUGUCACGUAACAAAUAUAUUCACGAGACUUACUGUCUGUUCAUGGUGGAACAGACCUUCCAUAUCCCCUACAUGGUCUUAGCGUUCCAUAUUCCACUCAGCCUACUAGUGCUGGUACCCAUAGCAAUGCUUCUAGUGUACAAGUACAAGAAAUCAGACUGGAAUCGUUUAUCUGCGGGAGCUCAGGAACCCGAGGCUGUUAGUCUGUAUAUGUCCACCUUAAGUGUGUGGAUUGCGAGUUUCGUUUAUGUUGCCUUCAGUACACCUAUGGCGGCUGGUUUGACUCAAAUCGUCAUGUGUAUCCGGGGUUGGACCAAAUGCCCAAGUAUGAACCAAUACAAGAAUUCUUAUACCGUCUCUCUCUUGCCAUGCGUAAUAAUGCCUUUCUUGUGGAUCAUUACCGUUGAAAUCCGAGCCGUUUUGUCGUCAAUAAAAGCUCGUGUAAUGAAGAAGGUGACAUCCCCUGAUGGCGAAGGUAAUGGACUGUCCUUCUCCUCGCUUCGGCAUAGAGUGUCAUCAGACGGUACAGAUAUACACCAUUAAAUAUCUCCAUCACACCGAAUCAACUAAAGCAUGGCAUUAUGGGAAGUUGUAUCAAUCAUCAAUAACAUGAAAGAAAAGACAGGGUCAUCCCAUUCGUUUAUCUCCUUUAGAGCAAUUUAGAUUGACGUGGCUCUACGAGUACAAUUGGACAGACCUAAACACACGCGUACGGGAAGUGACACAAAACACGCACGAACAUUUGAUUUCGUAUGUCUUUGUGUAAUAUAAGUAUUAUAUAUAUCGUCAAAUAUUCUUCUGUAUAUCACCUACGGAAUAAAGGGAUGGAUCAAAGCGACGGUUGUAACGAAGAAUGGGGAGUUUGGAACAAUAUCGUAAAGAACAUUGUAGCUAUCAGAGUAAAUUAUAUAUCAUGUUGCGUGUACAAAUUAUAGAUUGUAUGAUAUGAUGGAAUCAUUAUUGGUGUAAAUAUACACUAUUUAUCAACUGUUUGUUGAUUCGAAGAUAAAACUAAGCAUUCAUCUCAGCA